AUGAGCGACAACACCGGCGUCCAAAUCGUGGCCGCCCGGUCAAAGCGAACGCACCGGGAAAUGGCCGCCGGAUCGGGUGACAACAGCGAUGCCACCUGGUACCCCUCAUCGCACCCGUCAGGAAGUUCGUCCGUACACCUACCACAACCACGAGAUCAAACAACUUCACGAUAUGGAGACGAUCACCGGCGUCCGGUGAUGCUUUCGCCCGGGCCAGAAAAUGUCAUAGAUCUGACGGAAGAUCCGGAAUCUCCGCCGCAAUCUCCGCCGCAAAGGGUGCUGUCUGCGUCUGGCUCACGCCUUCCUAUACGGGACAUAAUCAAUCGCGAUUCUUCUGAACAAAAUGUCAUCGAUCUAGAGGCGGAGGGGAACGGUGCAGAAGGCACCUCAGGCGGCCCAGACGUAGAAAUCAUUGGUUCUACCGUCAGGCCUAUGCCAACAAUGGAGCCCAGAUACUUCGACCCCAAUGGAUUUGCGAUGUAUCAUCCUUUGAGAAGACCAAAUCGUCCAUUCGCAGGGCUGCCCAGCCCAUGGGUAAACGAUAAUUUCCUUCUGCGAAGCAAUGCCCGGGAAUCUUCUGCCGGUCACCGAGGUCGGGAUAUGCCGUCUGGUAUCCCGGGGUCGAUGUACGGGGAUGAUUUCGUUUCCCUUAUGAACAAUAUGCCGGCAAUACUGCCAUAUAAUGUUCCUGCUUUUGAAUAUAACUCAACCACUCAAUCAGCGCCGCGUUCUCGGCGUGGUGCAUAUAAAGCACCUCCUCCGGCACCCAAAGGAUUUGCACGAUGUUUAGAAGAUGAACAUGUGCCAAUAUGUCCAAACUGUGAAGAAGAGCUGGGAACAGGGUCAGGGCGCAAGGUAGAAAUCUACGUUGCAAAAGCCUGCGGACAUGCAUAUUGUGGCGAGUGUGCCGAAAACAGGUCAAUCUCAAAGUCCAAAAAGUCAUCCUCGAAGACCAAACCAUUUUCCAAAUGUCAAGUUGAAGGCUGCAACAAACCAGUGAGCAGUCAAACGGCCAUGACUCACUUAUUCCUAUGA